UGACGUGGCUGGAGUUCUCACACUUUCCAGAUGAGGAAACAGGCUCGGGGAGGCCAGGCCACAGGCCCAAGCUCACACCUAGAGUGCGAGUUGGAGCUGGGUUUGUUCUAGAAUCACAAGACCUUGGAGGUUGGAGUGGCAUUGGUACCAGUUGACUCGAGUCAGAUGUCCAGGGUCGGAGGCCAGUGGUGCUGGAGAGAAAUGGGGUGAGGGGAGUAUGGCCCGCUGACACUGUCCUCGACCCUGGCAGGAGGGGCCCUCCACGUUUGCCCCCCGGAGAUCAUCCCCCAGAGAGUGCAGGAGAAGCAGCAGCAGCAGCAGCAGCAGCAGCAGCAGCAGGGUGUCGUCCCCUAUCUUGGCACUUUCCUCGGUGACCUGCUGAUGCUGCACCUGGCGAUGGGUGAUUAUCUCGAGGGGAGUGAGACCAACCUUCAGAAAAGGACUGAGGAAUACCGAGUCAUGAGGGAGAUCCUGCUGCUCCAGGUGGCUGCAAAGAAUUACAACCUAGAGCCCGAGGAGCAAUUUGGGGCCUGGUUCCAGGACAUGGAACUGCUCAAUGAGAAUGAUAGGCGAAGAUUUGUGAUGCAGCUUUUAAGGCUACAUCUGGGCCUCCUUCCGUCAUGUCUAUGCUGCCUACACACUAGGCUCUCCAGCAUCCCUGCACGUACUUAUGUAAUGCUGUUUCAGGAGGAAAUGUCCUGGAGGCCCCAGCCUCUGUCAGCUCAUGCUGAGCAGAAUGUAACUGUAAACUGCCAAGGAAAUAUUCUCAUCCCUUCCCGACCCAAGACAAAGUCACACCACCGUCUCCAGCGUGCGUUAUAUCCUGUGUAAGCUCGAUGGCCCACUCAGUGGAAACAUGCUCAACUUCGACAGGAGCUGUGUCAAGAGUUAGAUCUCUGCGAUUCCAUCCCAGGUCCUUCGUGGACUG